AUGGCCAGACCCUUUGAAUUUGUAAAGAACAUUAGUGAUAGAAAGGAACUCUGGAAAAUUGCAGUAAAGGGGACUAAUAUCUAUGUCGUUGUUCCUCCACUUUAUAGCCAGAUAUUUGAUUCUCAGUUGGCUGCUAAUGGCACCAUUACUAUAUCAAACUUUCAGGUUAUGCUAAACAAAGUUGUCUUUAAGCCAUCCAAAAACAAGUAUCUUUUGAAACUUACCGGAGGAACCAAGCCUGGUGGCAAAAAAAUACAAGUCAAUUUUGUCAUGAGAGACGAAAGCAACACAAUCAAACGCACUCUUUGGGAAGGCUAUGUUGAGAAGUUUAUCAAAUACAAUCAAUCCAAACAUGAUCCAAACUCUCCAACUGUUGUUAUGCUACAAUAUGCAAAAGUUAAAGAAGAAGGAAAAUAUCCCCUCAUUGUUUCAAACACAUACAAUGUGACUAAGUUGUCCAUCAACGAGGAUCUCAAACCAGUUAAUGACUUCUUGAAAAGAUUUCCAAAAGACACACUGAGCAUUUGUUCCAUUCAACUUAGCUCUCAAUCUCAAGUGUGGUGCCAUAACUUAUCCAACUCUACCCUUACUCCCUAUCAAAAGUUCAUGUCUAAGGCUAUUAUGCUCCCUAUUUCAGAAAUUAAACAACUCAAGAAAUAUGGUUGGUAUUAUCAAGCAUGUCACCAAUGUCCUAAAGCUGCAAGGGGUAUCAAAACUCCCUUCAAAUGUGAAUCUGAACAUUUAACUGAGGUUGAGAUAUUUAGGUUCAAAAUCCAGGUUGAGGUAGUUCAUAUGGGAUGUUGCUGUAAAUUUGUGUUGUGGGAUAGAGAAAGUGAACAACUAUUAGAGCUUUCUGCAAAUCAUAUGCGCAGUACCAUGAUUGAGAUAUACUAA